AUGAAUCAGAAAAAGAAUUUAACAUGCAUAGCGCAAUUGCUCCAGAUCCUGCUGAGAUUGUACGAGGUGGUUCAGUUUCAACACGCAAAUAUAAGCGUCGCAAUCGAAAAGAGAUGGGACAACGCCCAAUUGUGCAGAGACACCCAAUCUCUUUGGAAUUUCUCAAUAUUUCCAGAAAAAAAAGCUUAUGGCAGUAUAUGUGGUAUCCGUGGGUCGAAGUCCCGGCAUAUACAAACGGUGUUUUGCAAGUUUGAUAAAACUGAUGAUGCGGUUGCAACUUUUAUGAGAUUUGGUGAAGACAAUAGUUGGUGUUACAAGGAUCGUGAGUAUUCUAUAUGGGUAGUUGAUCUAAGGAAUAAUCUCAACACUGAAGGAGCCCAAGCUACUUCCUUAUAUGCUGACUCUUCUGAAGUUUCAAUAUUGCGUUCAAAAGUGGAAGCCCUUGAGGACCUCGUGCGUGGACUUGCUAAAAUGAAUAGAUUUAACCGAGAAAUCUGGACAAAAUACAGGUUUCUUAAAGAAUCAACAAACAAAAUUGAUACUUGGAACACAAACAGAAACAACAAACAAUCGUACAAACUUCCAACCGUCGGCCUUAAGAUCAUGGCAUCGGUACCAAAACUCAGCGAUUGGGGGUAUUGGACAAUUGUUGUUCAAGAAGACAUGCACGAAGUGACAAUUGUCGACGAAUGUCAUUCUGUGCUCUUACUUUACAACGAUGUUGAAAAGUUGUCGAGUGAUUACGAUUUGAAAGCGAUGAACGUGUAUUAUCUACAAACGUGUGUUACGGAUGAGGCGAAGCAGCUUGGUUAUGUUCGAUCCGAAGGAUUGGUAAAACGAGUUGUUUGGAAAGACAUGGAGAAAUCGAAGAGAAUUAGGAUGAGUAGGUGGGAUAAUCGUGGGUUUACACGUGGUCAGGUCAACAACACAGAGAUCCUAAACCGCCCCCGCCUCCUCCGUCUAACUGUGUGCCUCGACACCGAGUGGCGUAUGGUAGUUGUCAACGGCCACGUUCACACGGUGUACGUACUUCAAUUGUGUGUGGGAAAAUUCUGCCUCGUUUUCCACAUUCUCCACGCCGAAAAAAUCCCUCUUGAGUUAAUAAACUUUCUCGAAAACCCUAAGUACACGUUUGUUGGAGUUGGGCUUGACAACGAUGUUGAAAAGUUACCGAGUGAUUACGAUUUGAAGGUGACUAACGUGCAUGAUCUACGGACGUGUAUUGCGGAUGAGGCGAAGCAUCACUACAAAAAAAACUGUUUUAUGUGA